AUGCAGUCCAAUACCACGGAUUUAGUAGCCGAUACGAAGUUUCGAGUGGAGUUUCACUCCGAUUUUGUCCAUCGUCUCGCCUUCCAGUCACGCAACUUUCUGAUUGCUUACAGGCGGACGUUCCGGAGGGGUUCAAAAUCUGCCUACGAGGAAGGAAAGCUCCUCUUCGAUGAAGGAAGAUAUAAGCAGGCUGAAGCGGGGUUCAAACAGGUUUAUGAGGAACGCAGAGACAGCUUUGGGCCAAGCCACCCAGAAACAAUCGAGCAAAUCUCUUCAUUAUGGAAAAAAUGUACCGAAGCGGAAGCAGUGUUCCGACAGACCUUCCACACUUGCGAGCAAGUUCUUGGAUCAGCCCACGAGAACACGUUAAAGUCGCUGCAUUGGUUAGGAGAGGCUCUUAUUCGCCGAGAGAAGUACGCCGAAGCCGAAAAAGUAUUUCAACGGGCGUUCGAAGGUCGCGAACGAGCUCUUGGACCAAUCCACGAAAGAACGCUCAACUCGUUACAUUGGAUAGGCAUCGCUCUAGCACACCAAAAAAAGGUUUCCAAAGCGGAGCCUGUGUUCCGACAGGCCUUUACGAGUCGUGAGAAAGUGCUUGGACUAACUCACGAAGACACUCUCCACUCGGUUCAUUGGCUUGGAGUGAUUCUCGUCCGUCAAGGAAAUUUUGCCAAAGCUGAAGGAGCAUGUCGACAAGCCUUUGAGGGUCGCGAACAAACUCUGGGACCAGCCCAUGAAUUCACGCUUAACUCGCUACAUUGGCUAGGCAUGACCUCCAUACGCCAACACAAGUAUGCCAGAGCCGAAGCAGUAUUUCGACGGGUCCUUGAGGAUCGCAAGAAGACGCUUAUACCAAACCAUCGAUUCACGAUGAACUCUCAAUAUUGGCUAGGAGUAGCACUCUUUCGCCAGUGA